AUGUUCAAGGCAUUCAGAAGCUUCAAUACGAAUGUCAAGGUCUUUACUGGCGUUGCCGGUGCUUUGGUGGGUGUACAGGCCCUUAGUGUAUACAAUCCUAUAUACUUAGAAAACUUAAAGUCCGUUUUGGUUGAUAACAGUAUCGAUCCGUUUCCUACGAAGCUCUCCAAUUAUCUGAUGUUAGGCCACGGUGUGAGAUCAGUUACAUUCAUCGGCUUCAAAGUGUAUGGUGCUGCUAUUUACGUCAAGGACUCGGACAAAUCAAAGGUCAAAAGUAUUGUCAGUGAAAGAGGUUUUGAAAAAUUAGAAGAUGUUGAAGAGUCAACCGAAUUGAUCUCAAAAAUAUGUGACAGUGUUGACUUCAAAGUACGUAUUUGUCCUGUCAGAAACACUGAUUUCAACCACUUGAGAGACGGAUUUGUUAAGCUGAUUUUGUCGAACCCAUUAUCGAAGAAUAAUGCUGCUGUUGGAGCUGGUUUAGACGAGUUGAGAACUCUUUUCAAAGGAUUCAAAGGAUCUGUACCUAAAAAUCACAUUUUGUUGUUACAAACAGAUAAAGGCAAGUUAACCUUCACUUACGAAAAUACCAAGACUGGAGAGAUCAAGGUCUUGGGAACGGUCAACGAGCCAUUGGUGAGUAAAUUGUUACUCAUUAGUUAUCUUUCCAGUAGAAAGCCUCUUAGUGAACCUUUGAGAAAGAGUUGUGUGGAAGGAAUCAAGAAUUUGUAA